AUGGAUUCAGAAUCUUCCUCAAAUACUUUACUUGAAACAGAUUUACUUCAGCAAGUGCGAAGACGUACCUUUUCUCAUUGGCCACAUCGUACCAUUCCAUCAAGUUCACAAAUGAUACAAGCUGGAUUUUUUAAUUGCAAUGUUGGUGAUCGAGUGAUAUGCAUUUAUUGUAAUCUUAUUUGUCAACAAUGGACACCACAUACAGAUGAUCCAUGUGAAGUACAUAAAACACUUUCACCUAAAUGUCCAUACGUCAAAGCAAAAUCGAUGCGUCCUGCUGCUUCAUCUAUAGUUAUUGUGAAUGAAGUUUCAACAAGUGCCAUUUCUGGUAGUCGUUCACCAACAGCCAGUAAUCUCGGUCCAUUAAGAUCUAAUGAUAUUGUAUUUACAGCUUCAUGUAAUCCAGCUUAUUCAGAAAUACCAAAACGUCAUGCAUCGUUUGCAACCUGGCCAAAUGAAGAUUUACCACCAGUAGAUGAUUUAGUUCGAGCAGGAUUUUUCUAUACUGGUACAAAAACUAUUGUUACCUGUUUUUAUUGUAAUGGAUCAUUACAAGAUCUGGGUCCAUAUGAUAAUCCAAUGAUUGAACAUGCACGUUGGUUUCCACAUUGUGCAUAUGCUCGACAGUUAUGUGGUGAUGAUUUAUAUCGUAAAAUUCAAGAAUCUAAACGAGCACAACAAGAACGUGCUAGAGCUAAUGAAGUAAAAGAAAGAGCAGGUUCCAGUGAUCCAGUGAAUAUUAAUCUAAAUACAAAUAGUCGGCAAUUAUUGAUACCUGAUGAAAGUACUUUAUCGAGACUUGUUGCUGCUCGAUUAGAUUUACCUAUAUCACAACGUUUAUUAGAUCAAAAUUUCAAAUUAUCUAUUAUUAAACGAUGUUGGGAAGAUCAAUUAAGAAUAAAACGCGACGAUUUUGUAUCUGAAUGUGAUUUGUUCAUAGCUUGUUUAAUUCUUCAAAAACAAAUUGAACAUAUUGACGCACGAAUGCAAGAACAAACAACAUUAACAACAUCUAAUGCAGCUCAAUCAGUAGCAAAUCCUACAGAUCUUGAAAUGACUACAUCAUCUCAAUCAUUAACAAAUGAAUCAACAUCUUCUCAAUCGUCGAUUGAUUCAACAUCAAGAUUAACAACUAGUGGUAAUGAAUAUGAAACAAAAACAAUUAAGCAAACAAGUACUGCUAAUGAACGAAAUCAAUCAACUAAUGCAACACCAUCUAAUCCAUGCGUUCUCUGUUUGACGGAAGAAAAACAAUUAGCUUGCAUACCAUGCGGACGUAUGGCAACAUGUGUCGCAUGUGGCCGUUCAUUACGAUCGUGUCCAAUAUGUCGAGGAGAGAUUAAAGUAUUCAUUCGAAUCUACACCUGA